AUGUCUUUUGUCGUUCCAAAGGGGCGUUUUGCAGCCUCGCGGAAUUCUGAUGGGCGUCGAAGUCAUUUGACAGGCCAGUUGGACGAUUUUUCGGUGCUGUGGGAAAACAACUUGAAGGACGCCAAAAGCCAGGCAGUUUCAGCUCGCAUAGAGGUCGGAAGAGCGAAUGCCGGUACCUCAGUGUCUGCUGGAGCAGAGCGAAACGAUAACCGUGAGGUGGGAGGAAACGCAGGUUUCAAGACGAAGGAUAUGGACCUCAGCCUGGGUUUCCAAGAGGACAGACUGGAAGGAACUGUGACACUCGGCACAAUCAAGUACAUGGUUCAGCUGCGGGAUGGUUUGCCAGACUUCAUCCUUGUCAGCUAG